AUAGCAUUGGGGCAUUUUAACCAUUUUUGGGGGAUUUGGGAGAAAAUGAAGCGAGGUAAGUUCGACUCACUGAUCUCAGUGAGCCGAAUCAGAUCGAUUCAAAUUCUGAUGGGUUUCUUGUUUCUUUAUCUUGUAUUAAUGAGCCUUGAAAUUCCAUUAGUUUUACGAAAUGGGUUAGGCUUAGAAUCGCCCGAGCCCGACUCAACGAUCUCCAUCAACACUUUGCCCAUUAGAAGCCCUGAUGCCAGUGAAUAUUUCGUCAAGGAAAACCCAGUUUUCAACUUUCAGGAGAGGAAAAAGGAACAGUUUAAGAAAGUUUCAGGGCUUACUUUCGACGAAAUUGCUUUUGAUAGUGUAAGCAAAGAUGACUUUUCUGAGCUUCAUACGACUGUUAGGGACGCAUUUGUGAUGGGGAAGAAAAUAUUGGAAGAAAUUGAAUCGGGAAAUGUUAAGGCCGAGUUGCAAAAUCGAACUCAAAACCGGACAGAGUCUUGUCCCAGUUCGGUGUCUUUAUCAGGGGUAGAAAUGCAAAAGAAGGGCAAGUUAAUGGUUAUACCUUGCGGAUUGACACUGGGGUCCCACAUAACGGUGGUGGCUCGGCCGCAGUGGGCCCACCCAGAGCGGGAUCCGAAGAUAGGAUUGUUAAGGGAGGGGGAUGAGACUUUGAUGGUGUCUCAGUUUAUGAUGGAAUUGCAAGGAUUGAGGGUUGUGGAUGGUGAGGACCCUCCUAAGAUUCUGCAUUUUAAUCCCCGGAUUAAAGGGGAUUGGAGUGGAAGGCCUGUCAUCGAGCAGAAUACGUGUUACCGAAUGCAAUGGGGAUCAGCAUUGAGGUGUGAAGGGUGGAAGUCUAACGCUGAUGAAGAAACGGUUGAUGGACAGGUGAAAUGUGAAAAGUGGAUUCGAGAUGACGAUGAUCGCACUGAAGAAUCCAAAGCCACAUGGUGGUUAAAAAGGCUGAUUGGGAGGACAAGAAAGGUGACAGUUGACUGGCCUUACCCUUUUGUUGAGGGCAAGUUAUUUGUUCUUACACUAAGUGCUGGUUUGGAAGGUUAUCAUAUUAAUGUGGAUGGGAGGCAUAUUACCUCAUUCCCUUAUCGCCCUGGUUUCACUCUAGAGGAUGCGACUGGACUAUAUAUUAAUGGAAACAUUGAUGUUCAUUCAAUAUUAGCUGCAUCACUACCAACUACGCAUCCAAGUUUUGCUCCACAGCAGCAUCUGGAGAUGCUGACUAAGUGGCAGGCUCCGCCUCUCCAUGAUGGACCCGUGGAACUCUUCAUUGGCAUCCUUUCUGCCGGCAAUCAUUUUUCUGAGCGGAUGGCAGUAAGGAAAUCAUGGAUGCAGUAUAAAUCAAUCAAAUCUUCGGAAUAUAUAGCUCGAUUUUUUGUGGCAAUGCACAGAAGAAAGGAAAUAAAUGUGGAGCUAAUGAAAGAAGCAGAGUUUUUCGGUGAUAUUGUCAUAGUGCCUUACAUGGAUCAUUAUGAUCUUGUUGUUUUAAAGACCAUAGCAAUCUGUGAAUAUGGGGUUCGGACGGUUGCUGCAAAGUACAUAAUGAAGUGUGAUGAUGACACGUUUGUAAGGGUGGAUGCUGUCAUGAAAGAAGUGAAGAAAGUCCACCGUGGUAGAAGCCUGUAUAUUGGAAAUAUUAAUUACUAUCACAUACCCUUGCGACAUGGUAAAUGGGCAGUGACAUAUGAGGAAUGGCCAGAAGAAGAGUAUCCUCCCUAUGCAAACGGGCCUGGUUAUGUCAUGUCAUCUGACAUAGCAAACUCUAUAGUGACGGAUUUUGAGAAACAUAGGUUGAGGUUGUUUAAGAUGGAAGAUGUGAGCAUGGGAAUGUGGGUGGAACGGUUUAAUAGCUCAAAGCAAGUUGAGUAUGUGCACAGCUUGAAGUUCUGUCAAUUUGGAUGCAUUGAUGAUUAUUAUACUGCACAUUACCAGUCUCCGAGACAGAUGAUCUGCUUGUGGGAUAAAUUACAACUGAAGGGAAAACCUCGCUGCUGCAACAUGAGAUGAUGAGUCUCAGUCUCUCCUGAUUAGAUUUUAAUGGUUAGACCCUGAGGAUUUGCACAGAGAGAAGUGAGAGAAGGCUUUGCGGCUAUAGCCUGUACAUACGUGAGUAGAUUUUGACUGUCAAAAUGGAGCUGCUAUCUUAAAUCCUCCUAAUCCAUUGCUUAUUCACUUUCUUUUUGGGGGCCUUGUCUCAUGAGUUCUGAUGUCUUUGAGAUCUCAUGUCAGUUGGACAUUGAACUCGAUGAGAAUAGUUUUUGCAAUUUCAGGUCCUGUAAUGUAGACUAAAAUGAUACAGUUUAUACGAGUAAAAUCAACGAGCGAGUAGU